AUGGAUUGCGAGUUACGUAGAGUUGUAGAGAAAUCUCCGUGUGGUAGGUUUAUUAGAUACAACGAGAUGUUAGGUGGAGGUGCUUACAAAGAAGUGUACAUAGGGUAUGAUCGUGUUGAGGAAAUUGAAGUUGCAUGGAACCAAAUCGUUUAUUAUGGAGAAGAUGAAGCAUUAAAAAACCCCGAAAAGUUAUUUUCUGAAGCUAUUAUGUUGAAGUCCUUAGACCAUGAAAGGGUUAUGAAGUGUUUCGAAUAUUGGUUCGAUUCAAAGUCCAAAACCCUAAACAUGAUCACAGAGUUAUUCCCCUCAGGAAGCUUGAAGAAGUACACUAAUGGUGUUGGCGUUGAUUUGGCGAGUAUCAAAAACUGGGGCAGGCAGAUUCUUGAAGGUUUGAGGUUUCUCCAUAGUCAGAGCCCAAAGAUUAUCCAUAGAGACAUCAAGUGUGACAAUGUGUUUGUUGAUAGUGGUGGGAAGCAAGUUAAGCUUGGAGAUUUUGGGUUGGCGAUUCGUCUUAUGGAGGGUAAUAAUUUCUUGAAAGAGAAAGAGGCUAAGGGUACACCUGAAUUCAUGGCUUCAGAGUGUUAUGACGGGGAAUACAACGAGCUGGUGGAUAUAUAUGCAUUCGGGAUGUGUCUUCUUGAGAUGGUUACUGGUGAAUAUCCGUAUAUGGAAUGCAGUAAUGGGAUACAGAUAUUUAAGAAAGUGUACACUGGUGUUAAGCCUAAAUCUCUCGGAAAGGUAAAGGACUCCAGAGUGAAAGAUAUCAUCGAAAAGUGUAUGCUUCCCAUGUCUGUUAGGCCAUCUGCAGAAGAGUUGCUGAAAGAUCCGUUCUUUGUUUGCAAUGGCGGAUUAUCGAAGUUAGAGGCUUGUGCUCCCGCUUCCAGUUUUGUAAGGGGAUUACAUAGUUGUGCAAGGGAUAUUAGGAAUUUGUAUUUGGUGUGA